CCAAAAUGUGACAAAGAAGUUAAUAUCAUCAACAGCUUCAGGUAGGCGAACGAGUUACACUGGCACUAUGCAAGCCAGCAAAGCAGGAACCUUGGCUCGAAGAAGUAUUCUGAUUUUAGAUGGAAAGAAUGUGGACAAGGGAUCACUUGCAAGUGGCAAACAUUUUAUCCAGGUUUUUGAUGAGCAAGGAAGAGAUGUGACACCUCGUCCCCUUUACCACCCUGAAGCAAAUGCUGUCAUGCACAGACAAAGCAAAAUUUUAUCAGUACAUGAUUUUGCUGGACUAACUCAAACAGACUUUUUAUCUUCCUUCUCUGUGCAUCAAACAUCUGGAACCAAUAUUAGCUUGGCAGGACCAUUCUCCAGGACUUAUGGUAGUGUCAGUAUUACUAAGUCAACCACUUCUACAGAAUCACUGGCAGAAGAAAUAGUAGAGCCUGGAUCUAGACGAGAAACAAUUAGUAGUUUAAUAGAUGUUCAAGUUAGGCGAGAGGAAGUGCAGGAACCACUGACAAAAGAAGAACUGGAAGAGGUUGUUGAUAUUUAUCUCACAGAGACUGAAACCAUUUGGAUAUUUGACAUGCCAACUGUAAUGAUAUCUUCAGAAUCUGAAGAAUCUGACAAAGUGAGGCAACAGAAUGUAGCUUACAUGGAACUCUGUAAAAACAGAGUUGGCAAUGACCGCUAUACUGACAGGAUGAUGCAAACACUGAAUGGAGCACCAAAGAUCAAGGAGGUACAAUGUGACAAAAUCAUCAUGGCUGACAAAGAGAUAAUGGCCACCAACUGGGAUUUAUAUGAUUCCUUUAUUGCUCUGGAGGCAGCAGUUACAGAAAAAACUGUCGGACCAGGAGUCAUGACUAGCUGUAAAUCAGUUGUGAGAGAACAUGAUAAAACCAUAUCUUCAGUUUCUAAUGACAGAGCGAGCAUGACAUCAAGCUCUAUCAUCGAUCUUGAGAGUGUAAUUCUCUCCCGGAUACAUGAAGAGGAAGAGGACCACUCAGAAGCUAUAAUGAAAUCUGAAAAAUUUCGUCAAGAUUUGUUUUAUAUGGAGAGAGUUCUAAUGGAGAAUAUUUUUCAGCCUAAACUUGCAGCUUAUCGGCAGCUGCCGGUCUUUAUAGAGCCAGAUGUCAAAUCAGCAAGUACUAUACUUGUAUCUGAUGAAGAAUUAGAAAAGGAGGAGGAAGAGGAGGAAGUGGAGGAAGAGAAGGAACCCUCAGUUUCUUCAUCAUUGUUGUUAGAACUAGGUGAAGCAGCAAAAGAAAUCCCACCCCCCUUUCUGGAACCCUUGUGGUCUUAUGGAUGUCAUCUGACUAGAGGCAACAGUGUGAGUUGCAUGGCUUGGAACAAACUGAACCCUGAUCUUUUGGCUGUUGGUUAUGGAGCAUUCCGUUUUAAAGAGCAGAAGAUAGGCUUGGCUUGCUGUUGGUCACUGAAGAACCCAAUGUGGCCAGAACGCAUUUAUAAGUGCAGUUAUGGGGUAACUGCCUUGGAUUUUUCUGUUGCUAACCCAAAUCUUCUAGCAGUUGGGUUGUUCAAUGGGACAAUUGCAAUCUACAAUGUUCAAACCCAUCUUUCUACUUCUGUUUUAGAUACCAGUGAAUCUUUUGACAAACACUUAGGCCCAGUGUGGCAGCUGAAGUGGGUAGAGCAGGACAGGGGUACCACAGGAGACGACAAAGGAGAAAUAUUAGUGUCCAUAUCAGCUGAUGGCAGAGUCACUAAAUGGUUUAUUCGAAAAGGUCUAGGUUGCACGGACCUAAUGAAACUAAAGCGAACAGCAAGUGAAAAGAAAAAAGUAGGAGGAGAAAAGAGAAGUGAAGCACUGAUAUCUCGACAAGCUCCUGGACUGUGCUUUGACUUUCAUCCAAAGGACACCAAUAUAUACCUUGCUGGAACUGAAGAAGGCUAUAUUCACAAAUGCUCUUGCUCUUACAAUGAGCAGUACCUGGAAACCUACAGAGGACACAAAGGUCCAGUGUACAAGAUAGCAUGGAAUCCAUUCAGCACUGAAGUUUUUCUAAGUUGCUCCGCUGACUGGAGUAUUAUGUUAUGGCGCCAAGAUUCAACUCGCCCCAUUCUAAGUUUCAGCUCCACAACCAAUGUUAUUUAUGAUGUCAUGUGGUCUCCCAGUUCAGCAUUUGUGUUUGCAGCAGUGAAUGAAAUUAGAGUGGAAAUCUGGGAUCUUAGUGUCAGCUCACUGGAUCCUCUGAUUGUCAAUCCUGCCAUUGGAAACUUGAAAUUCACAACUGUACUGUUUGCUAAGAAUGCAGACUGUGUUUUGAUUGGGGACAGUGAUGGAUUAGUAACUGUGUAUGCACUAAGAAAUAUGAUUGCCUCAGAUAGCAAGAAGGUGGAUGCUUUGCACGAUAUCAUUGGUUCUAAUCUGGUUAGUCAGUAGUUUUCAUUUAUAGUAAUAUUGAGUGGAACAAAAGAAAUGAUAUUCAAUAGCUGACAUUUACUUACACAGCAAUGAAAUAUAUAAUUAUUAUGCAAUUAA